AUGCACUACUCCGCCAAGCAUGCCCUAUUGGCGGCCCAAUAUCCGGAUGCGACGGAUCACCUCCAGGCCCCUGGGAGCGCAGAGGUGUCAGCUGCCCUGAAGCUUGUGGAAGGAGAAGCGGAAGCAAAGACUUGGCCUCAGAUUCGCCUCAAGGCCAUGGAAAAGAUCCUACGGGACAAGUUCCAGAGAUGUAAGGAGUACCGGAAGAAGCUAAAAGACACAGGGGAUCGAGAUUUGGUGUGGGAGAAUGAAGAGGACACCUUCUGGGGAGCGACCAAGGGCCGUGGACAGAAUCAUCUUGGCCGAAUCCUUAUGGAUGUGCGGAAGAGCAUCCAUGACGAGACGGACUUUCAUUCGUGGCUUUUCCUUUGCUGCGAGUUGGAAAGCGAUUCGGUCCGGUGGCCUCCAGUUGAGCUGGUGGAGAGCAAGGAGUACUACAAGCUUGGAAAGUUGCCUUCCAACUCUGUGGCCGCGCUUCAUCCCUCCAUCUCCCGUGAGCAUGCGCUGAUCCUCCACAGCAAGCUGGAGGUGGCAAGGCCGACCGGAGGCGUGGCCAUCAUGGACCUGGGAUCCAAGUUCGGCACCCACGUCGAUGGCAGGAGACUUACCAAUGGUUUUGUCCUCGAGCCUUUGAAGUCUAGCUGCAAGCUAAAACUGGGCGCCUCCACCCGAAGCUACGAGGCGGUGCGUGUGAACUUGCGCUCCCAGAUCGAAGAGCUGGAACGGCAGCAGAGAGAACUCAUGCGGGAGGUGCAGAGCAUCGACCAGGACGCGGCAGACCCGGUGCAGGCCGCCAAGCGCUUGGCCAAGGAGGAAGCCACCUGCUUUGUUGGAGGCUUGGAAUAUGACACCGAGAAGGCUGAUUUGCUGGGUCUCUUCCAGGACUGCGGUCAUGUUGAGGAGGUGCGCUUCCCCGGACAACAAGAGGUUGGUGGCAAGGCAGUGAAGGGCAUCGCCUUUGUCGUGUUCGACUCUGCGAUGGCUGCGCGGCGUGCGUGCGGCUUGUCGGGCGAAAUGUUCAAGGGUCGGAAGCUCAAGGUGGCGCCGGCCACUGACCGUCCCAAGGGAGGAGGAAAAGGCGAUGGAAAGGGCAAAGAAGCGAAGGGCGAGGAGGGUGGCCGCGGCCACGAUACUGGCAGCCGCCAAUUCCUGCGAGAUAUGCUGGAUGGACUCUUGGCUCCUUUUGCUGAGUUUUGAAGCUCGAUGCAGCCACUUGGACAGCUUUCUCCUUUUGAGUCUUCCUUGGACUGGGGGUCUUGCAGACUUUUACCAAAUCUCGAAGAUGGAUUCGCUCCUUCCACAACUCCACACAGCACAGAACCUCCGAGGCAAAUGGGAGCGUGGCGUCGC